AUGGCGGUUACCGUCCUACCACCCAGCUCGAUAUCCGAGUCCGUCAAACAAGCCGUACGAUCAACAUCCACAUGCUCCGACGCAACCGUGUUGUCCCUCCAAACAUUGCUCCGCGGAUCGAGUAAGGCGCCCGAGAAGCCUGUACGACGGAAUACGAAGACUACGAAAGAACCCGCUCCAACGACAAGUCGCGCGAAGACAUCUAGGACGGUUAAGACGCGAACUGGCAAUGAGACGGGGUUGUCACUUGUUGACCACGAUGGUCCCGCGUUGUCGCCUCAGGAGAAGCUCGUGCUUGCUACGGAGGUGUUCAAUGGGACGCUGAAGACAUUGACCGACGCGUCGAAGGGGCCGACUAACAAACGUCAAGCUGCUCUACCGGAUAACGUCUCGAUAAAGUCUGGGAGGACGAAUGGGUCGGCCGCGGACAAGGGGGUCGUUUCGGCUGCUGAAUGCGCGAGACUAGCUCUCGCGACUCUACGAGCUUUAAAGAACGAACAGAAAUCAUCGAGCGAAUUACCGAAUAUGCAACUCGAGCAGGGCGCGUGCGUGUUAGCUGGGAAAUUGAUCUCGCUGGGAUUAACCGAGAUGGCGUGCAAGGAACUUCGAUCUUUGAAGAGGAGGAUACAACAACAUCUGGAUGCGAGACAGGCUGGGAAAAAAGCUGUGUCUACGAGGGAUGGCGCGGAUGAAGAUGCUGGCAAGGAACGGAUGUCUGAUCUUCUUACGUUUUCGAAUAUCGCCAAUGCGGAGUCGUUGUAUGGAUUGUUGGUUUCGUACCAUGCGAAUGCGAUGCGACUUCUUGUUGCGGAGAAGAAACCCUCGACUAACGAACGGCUCGUUCCUUUCCUGCAGCUUUCUGAUCAGAGCAGUCCCGCAUAUAUCAUUCUUGCGGCUAUGGAAUCUGGGAAUUUGAGCAGCGACAAGGCCGCUCUUCAACUACAGCUCCUCUCGAAUACGGUGCUGUCUCUAUGCGCCAGCAAGUCUUCCUCCACCGAUGAAUCGACACCCAAAGACGCGUUGAAACCAAUCACAUCCCUAAAUUUACAACUUCUAUCUCUCGAAAUUCGUUGCUUGGGCUGGAAAACAUCUGGCCAUGUCUGCGAUGAAAACAAGGAAAUGAUUGACCCGCUCCUGCGCUAUCUGGGCGCGUUCUCUCAUCGCAGUAAGGAGAUUGCCAAGGCUGAAUUCGCGGCAAUUUACAAGACGAUCACCCGGAUUCAGGCUUCAAUGACGGAAGUCAAGAAACAGCGCCAGGAGUCCAAGGAUAUGAACUCGGCUGCCAAGAUCAUGACCAUUCUUGGGCAGCUUGCUUUAGAUGCUGGGUGUCUUGAUGAAUCGUUGAAGCUUUUCAACCAAGCGAUUAUACCACUUUUCAACUCUCAGAGCCUUGCUCUGGCUACUGUUCGGUGCAAAAUUGCUUCUGUUCACUUCCAGGGCCUGAAGGGCUCGAAGAAGUUUCUUGAUGGGGCUCUCAAGGCUACCGCAGACGCUAGUGUUGCUUUGGGGUUGCAACUACGAGGUAGUGUGAACGAUUUGGACGAUUUGUUGGUUGAAUCUGCCAGGCUGAAGAAGCUUGCUCUGGCUUGGUUUGGUGAGACGAUUACCAGAUCUGCGGAUAGUGAUAGCGCGAAGAACGAGAUUGCUUCUCAGAUUCGUGAAUAUCUCCAAGCUUUCUUGAGGUUGCUUCGACGAUAUGUUGGGCGGACACCGGGGGAGGAUUGUGACGAGAAGGAAGCUGAGAUGUUCAAGGCUCGCAUCGCCAUGUCUAAGAGCAUUAUUCUCGCUGGCGUGGAUUCGGCUGUUGCUAUUGGACGAUUGUCGAUUAUGUCUCAGAGACCGCCGUGGGAUGAUAUGCUGCCCAUUCUGACUGAUUGUCAUCGGCUGCUCACGAGCAUCGAAGCUACGGAUGGAAAUGGAUUAGAUACAUCCCUGACGGAAAGCAUUGGUGCUGCACUUGUCAAACUUUCCAACCUUUAUUGGUCUCGAUACAUCAAGGAGAAGGAAGCUGGCCAGGGCUAUCGCGAGCUUUUACCCCUCCUGAAGCAGUCGACUCAGCUACUCUCUACUUGCUCGGCCAAUCAUCGAACGACCGCAUUCGCUGCUCUCAAGUUCGAGAGGACUGCUCACCUGUACCUUGAUGGUAACAGGUUUGAUGACUCUGAGAAAGCAUUCAAGUCUUCUAUCUCAGAAUACGUCGACGCGGGGACUCUUGAGGAAAUUUCCAAAGGCAAUGCAGGUGCUAGCCCCGGCAUGCUUAAUCACGACCCUCAGAGCCCUGGUUUCAUGCUCAGUCGCGUGCUUUCUGCUUUCUUGAAGAUGAAACUCCGAAAGAAGGGAUUGAAGUCUUUGUCUGUCUAUGAUGACGAGGAGCUAGCCCCUGAGCGAAGAGGCAUUCUCCUCGAAUGGCAAAUGGGUCUUCUUUGUGAUCUCCAUGGAUAUUGCCCGAGUGAGGAUGACUUCCAGUCAAUUCUCAGCCCGGUUGUUUCCAGUAUUCUCGACAUUUACUCCGCUGGACUUCACCCUAUCCGACACGGCCGGGUUAUCAUCUCUGCUCUCCGUUUGUUGCUUGAACAUCCCAAUGCCAUGAAUGCCGAUCUGAUGGCAAGAAUUUUGGAAGAAGGGACGGAAGCUCUUAAAUGUGACAAGGGAGUCGGUCAUGACACAGACUUGGCUCCAUUCACGACACAUAUCACAAACUCUCUACGCGUUAUCAUUGGCUUCCAUCAAGGGAAGAUGGAUGCAGGUGAACUAGACGACACACUUUCCUCUUGGUCCUCCAUGGUUCGCCAGUGCCCCGACUCGAAAUCACUGUCUCUUUGCAUCGCGGAUACCAAUUACUGGGUUCUUCAGCUGAAGGCUUUGGUUGACUACACCGAGAUACACGGCCUUUGGAAAGCUCAGCUCUCUGCUCUAGAGUUGAUUCUUCGCGCAGCAGAGCUUCUUCAAUCGGGAGACAUCUCGGAUGGAAUUGUCAUCCUUGCUCGCCUAGUGCUGCAACACUGUCGUCUUGGCCAUUGUCAAAAGGCUGGGGACUUGCUCGCUCGUGGCGAACAGUAUCUCGCCAAGAAUCAGGUCUCCUUGCUGGCGACUAUUUCUUACAAACUCGCUCGGGUUGAGUAUCUGCUUGAGACGGGGGAAAUUGAGAAAGCGGCGGCGACUCUUACCGCGGCCAGAAUGCUUUACCAAAAGGGUCAGAGCUCGGACGAGCUCAACAAUUUAAACGUCUUGUCCAAGAUUUCGUGGGAACGGUUGAUUGCAGAUGCUGCCUUUGUGCAGUCUCGGCUAUCUACCGCUCAGGGUUCAAUGACUCACGCUUUGUACUUUGCCAAGUUGUCUGUGAGGUUGAAUUGCCGAAUCUGGGCAAAGGUGGAAAAGCUAGCUCAGAAGAAGCAAGAUCGAUUACAGCCUUCUAAUGCAGCCUCGGAUGUCGAGGCUGUCGCUGAGGGUGUGGCUAAGCUUGAUCUUUCUCAGAACGGGUCUUCGCCUGAUGUAUCUCCCAGCUAUGUUCAAGGAGCUCCGUUCUGGCCGCAUCUCGGGUCUCAUCAUACCUGUUUGCUGAAUCUGGCUACUUUGUCGGCUCAUCAUGGCUUGUUUCAAGAUGCUAUCUACUAUGGAGAGCAGGCUUUGAAGAUUGACAGGACACUGGAUGCUAAUGUGCGACUCGUUGCUGCUCAAACUCAGCUUGGCUGUUACUGGAUUCUUGGUGGUCAUUUGAGCGAGGGACAGGAUCUUCUUGUCGCGGCUUCUGACUCGUCCAAGCAGCUUCAAACUAGCAUUGAGACUGUUUCCCUCCACAUGGCUCUUGCUUCUCUGUACCGGGUACAAGGACAGCACGAGAAGGCGCUUCGUCUGCUUCAAGAAGCGGAAAAAGCCAUUGCGUCUGUUACCUCUUCUGAUACAGUGAGCAUCUCUGAAGGUCCGAGUGUUGCAGUCCUCGAGGAGAAGAUGGCAAAACUGCAGGUCCGCAGCAGUAGACGCACAGCGUCGACUACUUCUGCUGCUACUGCUGCGCCUGUGCGUCGAACUCGAGCGACUAGCUCAGCUGCUACAACCCGAACCUCGAAGAAGACCUCUACUGCCAAGACACCAAUGCCUGAAGUCCAAUCCAACUCCCUUCUCCGAUUGAAGGGCGACGUCCUUCGGCAGCAAGCCGAUUGCCUACGUGCACUUCGUGACUUUGACCGCUCUGCCCAAACCCUCACCGAAGCCCGACAAUGCGCAGUUGCCCGCGAGAGCAAAGUCUCCAUCGAAAUCGGCGAAAGCGAACAUCUCCUCGCGGACGCAAUCCGCCAUUUCGCCAGCCACGCCGUAUAUUGUGUUCUCCCGGAAUCUACAAUCUCCCUCCCGUCGCUCACGUCCCCAGUCAAGGGAGGAGAAGAGCCAGCACCGCAACCUGCAAAGCCUACGGCUACAAAGAGAACCCGCGCUCCGGCCAAGACGACGCGUGCCAAGGCGCAGAAGGCUAGCGAGGACUUUUCCAUUAUGCUUUCUAAAGCGAGCGAUUGUCUCAGGAGUGUUUUUGCUGAUGCUACUGUUCUUGGGUCGACUCUUGAGAGUCACGCUGCGUCGCGUCUUAUGAGUCGGAUCUCUAUGCUUUCGCAUGCUACUACCCCGGGAGGUCCUGCUACUUGGGCGCAGUCGCCUGCGAACAUGAAUGAAAUCGGUCGUGUUGGGGCAUUUGCCCGUGAACGCAUGGCUAUCGACUUUGACCGGCAACUGGCUGAUUUUGCCGAUCCACUACUGUGGCCAACUACCUCGCCUACGACCAUUGAAAUGAACGAAGAUAUUUGCACCAACUUUGCCGAGAAUUAUAUCGACAUUCUGCCAGAGAAUUGGAACGUUCUCUCCUUGUCAUUGAGCGCAGAUCGCACUGAAUUUGUCGUCUCCCGGCUACAAAAGAAUCGCUCUCCAUUCCUACUUCGACUUCCCCUGCGAAGAGGAAACUCUGACGAUGAUGAAGAAGAGCAGUUCACUUUUGAAGACGGCAAAGAGGAAAUGCAGGAGCUUAUACAACUGGCCAAUCAGAGUGCGCACGCUGCGAAAGCCCAGACUAAUAAGCAAAUGAAGAAGGAAUGGUGGAAGAACCGGGAAGCCCUUGAUCGUCGAAUGGAGAGUCUGCUUCAAAAUAUCGAGAACGUCUGGUUUGGUGGGUUCCGUGGGGUUUUCUCGCCCCUCGCACGGGAUGGGGAUGCCUUUGCUCGAUUUGCGAAUACUUUCCAAGGUAUUCUUGACAAGCAUUUGCCCUCUCGUCAGAAGGGAGGUAAGGCUGCCUCGCCCCGUCUUACUCUGCACCAGAAUGUCGUGGAAUUGUUUAUUGGUCUCCGCGAUCUGGAAGACCAAGAGGAACCUGAAGAUAUCCUGAUGGAUUUGCUUUAUUUUGUGGUGGACAUUCUUCAAUUCCAGGGUGAACGCAAUGCCUACGAUGAGAUCGACUUUGACAUGAUGGUCGUCGAUACUCUUGAUGCAUUGCGAGGUUACCAUGAAGCCGCGCGCGAGGAACUCGCUACUCGCCCCCCUAGUCACACAGUGCUAGUCCUCGACAAAGCCCUGCAUCUAUUCCCGUGGGAAUCUCUUCCUUGCCUGCAAGGCUUCCCCGUUUGUAGAGUCCCAUCCCUCGAAUGUCUCCGCGAGCGAGUCCUCAAUUUCCGUGACUCCCAAUCUGGCGCUGUCAUCAAGCGUACUUCAGGUUCCUACUUGCUCAAUCCGACGGGUGAUUUGCGCACGACACAGGAAACCUUUGAAGGGGAUUUAUCGAAACUCGAGUCCUGGACUGGAAUGGUCAAUCGCGAACCCUCCGAAGAUGAAUUCCGCGCCUCCCUGGAGACCAAGGAUUUAUUCCUGUACUUCGGUCACGGUAGUGGCGCGCAGUAUAUUCGUGGUCGCACCGUCAAGCGGCUGACCAAGUGCGCUGUCGCGUUCUUGAUGGGUUGCAGCAGUGGUACUCUUACCGAAGCUGGCGAGUACGAACCCUACGGCACGCCGAUGAAUUACCUUCAGGCAGGUAGUCCGGCGCUGGUCGCUACGUUGUGGGACGUGACUGAUAAAGAUAUCGAUCGGUUUGCGACGUCUACGUUUGAUACGUGGGGUCUCGUGGAGAAGAAGGUGAAGACUUGUCGUGAUGGUGAUGCUGGUUUGGAUACGGCGGUUGCUGGGGCGAGAGCGUCGUGUGUGUUGAAGUAUUUGAAUGGAGCUGCACCUGUGGUGUAUGGAGUUCCGGUGUUUUUGGAUUGA